AUGGCGGCAGCUGUGGAAGGAACUCCGCGACGAGUACGUGCACUGUUGUCGAGUUUUCUUCACUCAUCUGAAAAUGAAGAGGAAAAAAGGUAUAAACUAACUCCUUAAACGUGCGCAUGGACGUUACCAUUAUACUCAACGUCGCUUCUGAUGUCCUUCACCAUAUGUAAUUAUUCGAAGCAUGCUUGUAUUCAAAUGAGCUGAAAUUGACCAUGACGAUAUAGAUUGAUGUUUAUUUCGUAUAAGCCUUCAGGUGUUCGCGAUCGAUGCCGAAGCAAUUUCCUGAAAAGUUUUUAAGUUAAGAUGGUUUAAACUAUUCAUCUCUUCAAACAUAUAGUGACAUAAUAAUUGUAAGUGACAAGUGAAACGUUGAUGGUUUGAUUCCUAUGAGAUUGUUAGGAUGUCUGGGUACUUAUGCUAGAAUCGUCUGUAGUAUUGUAGUUUAAUUGUAUAGCCCUACAAUUUGACCUUUGUCUUCCAACGUGUAAGAUGCAUUGCCAUACUCUAGCAAAAAGGAAAAUAACUGUUUAAUGUUUAACCAAGGGGUAGGUGAAAAAAGAAUCAUUCACUGGUAUCAUUGCCACUGUUUUUUUACUUGUCAAAUUCACCAAGACCCACCACCUUGUACAAAUCGUUGAUAAAAGUUUCGUAGUUUAACUAGCCGGAAAUCUUAUUUGUUGCUUAUUAUCUUUCCAUUCUCUUAGGAGUCUUGAACAAGAAGAAUCAGAUCUAGAGUCAUUCUGUAGGAGCCAACCAAGAAACAAGGAAGCAUUUUGGAGUCGCGUGGAAACAUUUACUGUAUCCUUUUUUAUCUUUUAAAAAUAUAUUUAGAUAAUAUUUUGGUAUAAUAUUGAAUUCCAGUAGGAUGGAAGGGUAGGAGAACUCCCAAAUUAAAGUGACAGGGGUUGCUCAUCCUCCAAUUAGCUGGUGUAAGUUGCAGUUUUUGGUCUCACUUAGUUUAGGAUGAAAAGCUAAAAUAUUCUCAUCCCUACAGAUACCACUUGUGGCAGUUUGUGAAGAAUAUAUACAUGUAAAGUUAAAACCAAAUUCACUAUAGUUUGCUUUCUUGUCCUAAUGCACUGUUCCUUAACUAAGUUCAGCCAUUUACAUGGUUUGCAAAGCCACUGGCAUUGUCUCCAUUGUUCUGUGCACAAUACGGCUGGGAGAAUAGUGAGGUAGAUAUAUUACAAUGUGUACGGUGCAAGGCAACUCUUGAUGCAACGAUAUCAACAACGUGGGAUCCAGAUAUGUGUGAGUAUGUCAGAAUACGCAAUUUGUGCACAAAACAUGAAAAAUGACUGUCAAAUCCAACCUACAACCUUCUCGUGUAGGUUAAUCCAUAUUCUCAGAAGAGCAGCUUACUGCACACACAAAUUCUCCAAACUGAUCUCUAUACAUUUCCUUUAAGAAUUAGUUAAGAGAAUUUGAUAAAAGAUCAAGGUAUUUUCUCUUAGGUGAUCAUUUUAUUAAUUCUCAUGACCUCAUCUCAUAACAAUGUAUGGAUAUCGUUAGGAGAAAAUUGCUGUUGGUCACUAUUGGGACUUAAGGGGUUAAUAAAAAAGUUCAAGGUAUAUGGAAUUGACUGGUGCACUAAUACUGGAUUAUAUAUUCAAAAAUUUCAAGAGAUUUACCUUCUCCUUUAAUUUUAAUUGCAGAUUCAAAGACUUGUGAGCAGUUAAAGGAGGCACUCGUCACUGGACAUUCUAAACUAUGCCCGUGGCCAGACAAUCCCAGUCCUGGUAUGUAACCUCAACUUUUUACAAGUAAAGAGGACACCCUGAAUAUCACAGUGGUGGGGGCAGGGGUAGGGAGAGAUGGAGAAGCCCUCAGGGUUACUGAUACUAUUUUGAAUGGAAUCACUCUUUUCUUCUGUGUGUAGUCUUGCCUCCAUGUGCAUCCACCCUCGUUUGUAAGGGAGGGAAGGGCAAAGAGACAUUACAGGCCUUUUUACAUAUUGGUACAAGAAAUAUCUGGGAGAGUGGCAAUCAACUCACUUUGAAAAUGGGCUUGCAAUAAAUUGAAAUAUCAGAUUUUAAGUCUUUGAAUGGACACAUCAAUUCAUUUGGAAAACCAAUAUUAUUAUUGUGUUUCUUUGAGCAUCUCCAGUUUGCUGGUCAUUUUUAUUGGGCAGACAAAGAAAUAAUCUCAUUUCUUAUCCCAUGGUGCCCAGUGGGUAGAGAGCAUUCAUGUACCUCAAAGUGAUUCCUAGAGUUUCAGAACUUGAUACUGCUGAGUGCAUAGGUUCGAUUACCAGCCGCUGUUCAGGAAAAUGAGCCCACACUCAUAGACCAGACCCGGGAGAUGGCGGAAAUCCAGCCUACUGAGUGCAGUGAUGCUGAAUCUUGGUGUUUGGGAAGAAAUCUCCUAGAAUGUCCUGUCUACUCUUGUGGGUGAGGGAUGAUUAUGAUAAUGAUGAUGAUGAUGUGUUUCUUUUUAAACAGAAUCAUUUUUAAAACUACCCAUGUACAGCUACAGUCAGUGGCUAGAAGAUUACAGAGCAAGAUGGAGAUCUAUAGUUACGCUAGUAGAUGAGAUUCCUUUAAUAGAUGAACAGGCAAUAGAGGACAUGGUCAGUGGCAAAGAUUUGUAUUCAGUGCAUGUUUUUGGUCACCGUUGAUUGUUACUUCCGUAUGAAAAUUGCCCCUGUUGCAGUCCAAAGAAAAAUUAAGCUAUGGUUUCUAAUCAUUAGAUCUGACAAAACCAAAAUCUAAUUUCUAUCUUUCAUCAGUUGCAAAAUUGGUUAUGAGAACCAAAAAAAGAUCACCGAUGGAAAAUGUCUUAAUUCGAAAGUCUUCUCAGAAACAGAGUUCAGUCAACUCUCCCUAAGAUGGACACCUUUGGGACCAGUACUAUGUGUCUGUCUUAGAGAGAAGUCCGUCUUAGAGAGAGUCAAAUAAGGGGAGUAAAGAAAGGCAGGGACUAACUCUAGGUGUCCGUUUUACAGAGGUGCCCAUCUUAUAGAGGUGUCUGUUAAGAUAGAGUUCACUGUAGCAAAUGUAUAGAUAAUGGUGCAGAGAACACAGAUGUUGAUAUUGCAGUGUUAAUGGUUGAAAUUCUCUUUAGGAUUGUUUGUCACCAGGGCAUAUUGAAGGCCUUCAGAAUUUAGUUGAUCCUGGAAGUAUAUGCUGGACAAGGAAUGAAUUGGACUUAGAGCAAGCUUCAAAGGCAUCAUGUGUCAUUGCCCUGUGUGGCUGGCAAGGAAGGUAUUCUGGAAUUACUGCAGUAAUAUUUAAAUCAAUUCACUUACUGCUGUCUACGGGACCUCUAAGCCUCUGUGGACAUCAAUUUAGUUUUCCAUCAAAUUGUCAGUUUUUCAGGAAAAAAAAUUGUCUCAAAUCAAGAAUUGUUUUAUGUGGUAACACCACGAGCAAGCUCAGCACAACCACAAUGACGAAGGAAAGGUGAAAAUAAGCAAAACAAAAACUCAGACAACUGUGUAUUUUACAUUAGUUAAGUUGAUUUUUUAAAUGUUACAAUAAGGUUUAAUGAUGCAAUAUAAAAUUUAGUGCAUUUAUUUUCAGUGCUGCGAGUGAUUCAGAAGUAAACACCAUAUCUUGUUCAUUGUGUCGUCGUGAGCUGGGUCUGUGGAAUUUUUUCCCUCUUACACAUGUUCCAAGUGAACAGGAAGAAGCUGUUGAUAAGGAGAGCCCCUCUUAUCUUGAUACUGGGCAAAUAUAUGAUGAGGAGAGAAGCCGACAACGGAAAGCUGACCAGGAAACAUCUUUUUGUUCUGGUAGCAAUGUUGAAGAAAAUACCACUGAAUAUAGCGGCAAUGGAGAUCAGUCAGAACCAAUGGAGGAAAGUGAAAGCUCUGAUAAAUCUGAAAAAACUUCUACAGGGGACACUUUGACAGAAAAAGAAUAUAUUAAUCAAUUAACUGAUAAACCACUUGAGCCGUUUGGCCUCAAGUCACCUCUACACCGUUCGCUUUCAAAUCUGCCCGGUGAAGAGGCAACAGAAUCACUCUGUGUGGAGGUUGAAAAUGAGAGUUUGUCCGAGAGACUUCAAGAUCUUGAUUCUGAACUGGAGUUUAUGGGUUGUGCUAGAGAAGGGAACCUAGAGAGGGAAGAUCUUGGACCCAGAGCAAAGAGACGAAGGUUACAGGUAUGGGAAUACAUUCGCUGUCUUAUUUUGUUAACAUGUUUUAAAUAACCAGUACUUUUUGUAUUGUGCACAUGUUGUUGAAUUCUCUGACCAGACAAUACUUUUUUGUAGGAGGUAGAAAAGAGUACAUUCCAUGUUUUAAGUGAACAUCGCACAUGGUGUCCUUGGAUUGUUAGUAUGACCAGUAAUGAUGGGACCACGUCACCGGCUGGCUGGAGGCUUCUUCUGGGAACACUUCUGCCAUCAAUGAGUCCAACAUCAACUCAGUUGAUUCAUGAGGUAACUUCACUGUAAAAUUGUGUAUUGUUUGGUUGAUGAUGAUGAUGGCGAUGACAACGGUGAUGGCAGUGGUGAUGAUGCAGAUGAUGAUGAUGAUGAUUAUUAUUAUUUAUAGAAUUUGCAUGCAUAGUUGCAUAUUUGAUAAAGUGAUUUCUAUCUUGUAUAAAAUUAUUGACCAUGUGAUUUCAGCGGCAUUUGGUUCAGUUCAGUACAUUAAACGAAUGUAUGAGUUACGUGAGAGUUUUUCCUCAAUGAUGAUGAUGAUGAUGAUGUAGAUUCUAGAGGUAGUUCAUCCCCAUAUUCUUGGUCUAAUGUACAAUUCCUGAUCAAAUUGGAAUUAAGAUAUAUUGGUUUUUGAGGUGAGGAGAAGAUGGGAGCAGCGUGCAAAGAAAGUGGUGUCCGAUAGCCCAGGGCUAGUGGAUUUUGCUAUCGGGCUAGUGAAUCCUGUUUUUAACUUGCGCGAUGGGCAAGUGAUAUUUUUUUAGACAUUUGAAUAACAGAAGAACUGUAAUCAAUCCUGCUCAUCAAAUUUUUUUCGCGCUAAUUGAAAUGACUUUCGGGCUAGUACAUGCUAGCUACAGCUUGCCCGAAUGGCAAGCUGUAAAACUGACUUUCUUUGCACCCUGGAUGGGAGUUCCAAGAAAAAAACCCUGUUGCAGCAAGAGUGGAAAUCAACCACGAAAUUGAACUAGCAUGCAGAGCAGCUUAAUUCGAGACGAUUUUUUUAUACCGUUUAUAAGCGUUUUGGUUAUGACCCCACCCAAAAUCCCCUUUUGACAUUUUGUAAACCCAGGGUUAAAAAAGGGGAUUUGACGGUAUUUUCCGUGUUAAGCCUGUCAUCCAAAUACUAGACCAAAAAUAAUCGGGUUCACGUUCUUCUUGUUUUAUUUUUAUUCGUUCUAGACCCCUCCACAAGACGCUUGGAAAACAGUUAGAAAGUUACUUGGAGAUUGUUAUUCUCCAGCUAAGCAAGUGUAA